AUGGCGUCGCUCUAUGCUGCCUCCGGGUCGCUCUCUCCCCUUGCUGGCAGGGCCCCACUGGAUCGCCAUCUUUCAAGCUUGACUUCCUCUUAUGGCGGCUUCCGCCUCUCCGCCGCGCCGAGGUCCGCGGUGACGCGCGGCAGUCGCUGGCCAAGGGCGACUCCGCUCCGUGGCCCCUCCGCCUCCGCCAGCAGCAGCAGGACAACCGGCGCCGAUCGCGUCGCCUCGGCCGACGGCGGCGCGUCGGUGCUUAAGGACGCGCUGACGAUCUUCGGAUCGCCUAAGGUGGCGACGGCGGAGGGGAAGGGGAGCCACCCGGCGCGGAGAGGGGUAUCCGCCGCGGCUGGAGUCACGGCGGGAGUGGCGGCGGGAAUCGCGGCGGAAGAUGUGCCGUUCGACCUGCGGCUGGCCGUGCUGCUGGGCGGAUUCGCGUUUGAAGCGUACUCGACUCCGGAGAAGGGGAGUGAUAUGCUCUCGGAUAAGGACGGGCAAGCAUGUGAAGCUCUCUUCACCUCCACGCCCUUCGCCCACGAGCUCUUUCAGGGGCAGCUCUCCGUGCGCGGACUGAAGGCCAUGGGAAAACUCAUGGCUCGGCAUGCUGAGCUGGCACUGGUGACGUCAGCAGGGAAGGCAGCCACGUGGAAUGGCGUCGCCUGCAGCAACACGGCUAAAGACCUGAAGAAUCCAUCAUGGCCGGAGCAACUGCAGCUGCUGGUGCCUUGUGCUGCUGCUCCAUCUGACACCUUCCUUCAGAUCAACUUGCACGGUGGGGAUGCUGACAAUGACGACGAUGACAGAAACGACCGUGUGGUGGGCACUGCCACCAUUGCUCUCACUGACCUGAUCAAAGGCACCCGGUUUCGCGAGUUUGAAGGGCUUAAGGUGACUUGCGACAGCAAGCUGACAGUUACUGUAUCCAUGGAGGUGCGCUAUACAAGCUUCUCCGAUCCUGGCAAGAGCCUCCCUGCCCUCCCCACCCACCCCAGCUUCGAGCCUCUCCCCAUCCUCCAGAAGCUUAUCGACACCUCCCUUCCCAAGUCCGCAACAGUACCCCAGGCAGGCUCGAAAGCUGAGGCCGAAGCAGCAGCCUAUGGGCUCUCACUCCCUGACCAACGGGCAGUUGAAAAUCUUUUUGCCACCGGAGCUGAUGCCGUGAAGCUCGCCGCCUGGGAGAACCUUUCGCGGGCAGCUGCGGGCGAGCAGAAGGAAUUCUUGAAGUCGGCGUUUGAGUGCGUGUGUUUCCUGAGCAGUGGCAAUUCGGACACUCAGGUGUUCGUGUGGAGGGACAAGGACCCGCAGAGGAAGAGGCUAGUGGUGUCAUUCCGAGGGACUGAGUUUGAUCUCGAGAAGUUUAGGAUUUCGUGGAUGGAUGUUUGGACCGACCUGAGCUUUUGGGAGAACAAGUUCGACUCAGAACUAACGGAAGAGGACAACAAGGCAGGUGUUAAGGUGCACGACGGCUUUCUGGACGGCUACAACUCCGUAACGCCGCGCCUCAUUCCGCUGAUCAAAGCACUCAUCUCCUCCUCCAACGAAAAGUAUCACAUCAUGGUCACGGGCCACAGUCUUGGAGGUGCUCUCUCCACACUCUUUGCAUACGACCUCGGCCAGUCGGACCUCAAAAAGCAGCACGGUUUCGCUCUCUCUCUCUACAACUUCGGCUCGCCUCGCGUGGGCAACUAUGCCUUUACAGCUCGCUUCAACCAGGUGGUGGGUGACAGCUGGCGCGUUGCCAACUAUCGAGACAUCGUGACGCGCGUGCCUUAUUUUGCGGUGCCGCUCCCGCCUUACCAUUGGUACAAGCACGUGGCCACGGAGGUGGAGCUCCAGCCUGACUCGCAGAAGCUGGACAAGGUUGGUUGA